CUGCGCAAAUGGCGUGAAGUGAGAAGGAGCAGAGGGUCGUUUUUUCUGUUUUCCUAAGUGAACAUUAAUAUUUGAUACGAGGCAUUGCAGAUAGUUUUCUUAAUUACGUGAAGACAUUCGUGUUUUAGGUGAAUUUCAGGUAUUUUCCUCUUUGUUAAAUGCAACAGACUGUAAGUCACUACUUUGCACAAGGAAAUUCGGGAAGCUCGUGCAAGAUGCCGAAGAGAAAAGAUACGGAGAAGGAGAGUGCGCAAAAUGAUGAGGUGUCAAAUAAAGAGUUAAAGGAACUUUUCUCUAAUCUAAUACAGAAGUUGGAGAGUUCAAUGAACGAGAGGCUUACUGCGCUUGACAAAAAAGUAGAGGAAACGCUGAUCGUUAUUAAGGAGGAGAUAACUGAUAUGAAAACAGCGCUUCAAAACCAAGAUGACCGAUUAACUGAUUUAGAAAAGCUAAACACAGAGGUUAUACAACCCCAAAGUAAAAAGGGUUCCAAAAAACCCCAACAGCAGUUACAAACCUGAAGCACCAGAAGCAGUCAUUGUUAAAUUCGUUCUUAUGGAGGACCGUAAUAUGAUACUAAAUCAUGCCAGAAACACUACCCUACCGAAAGGCUAUGCAAUACGAACAGAUCUACCCGUGCAUUUGAAGAGAAAGAGGGCAGAGCUGGCUCAAAAGGCAUAUGAACUCAGGAAAUCAGGAAUGAAGACGAGAAUCCGUGAAACGAAAGACGAUGUGAUUCUGGAGUAUCGACAAAAAGGAGAAAAAGAAUGGCUCGCUUUUAGUGAUUCCUUCUAAUUGAUCUAGAUAAGAACAAGAUUAUUUGCAGGAGAUGACAGGUUGUAGGAGUAUGAUAUGGUGAAGGUUUUGUAUAUCUGUAAAGUGCUGAGUUAUGCUACAGUUGGUAUCGUGUUGUUUACUUGUCAAAUAAUAAGUAUGUUUUAGAUGCUAUUAGAAAGAUAUACUAAGGUAUGCUGCAGAUGUUUAAAAGUAAAAUACCAGUGUUUUGAGCUUUGGAUGAUAUCUGUAAAAUUCAGAGUUAUGCCUUAGUUGUUAAUAACUUGUAAAAUAUUGAGAAUUUUUGGUAUCGUUAUCUGUGAACUACUGUGUUAUGUCAUAGUUGAUAACUUGUAACAUAUCUACAUGUAGUAUGUCUCAGGAUAUAUAUUUGUUUGGCAGCUUAUGGUUUGCUGUAUAAAUUACAUGGGGACAUAUUGGUUUUUUCUUUUUAAUGUAAUAAAUACCUAAAUUUCAACAAAGAUUACAAAGAUUACUGGUAGAAGUUCUUAGAGGAGCUUGUAUUUAUUAUUAUU